AUGAAUUCACCUGUGAGUUCCAUAGUGUUCAAAGUGAGCAGGCGAGAACCGCAGCUCAUAGCUCCAUCUAAGCCCACCCCUCAUGAAUUGAAGCCAUUGUCGGACAUUGACGACCAAGAAGGUCUCCGUUUCCAUGUUCCCGUCAUACAAAUAUAUCGUCGUGACUCCUCCAUGCAAGGAAAGGACCCCGUGAAGGUGAUUCGCGAGGCACUCGGUAAAGCACUAGUGUUUUACUAUCCGCUCGCCGGUAGACUCAGAGAAGGACCUAAUCGUAAGCUUAGUGUGGAAUGCACCGGUGAAGGAGUGUUGUUUAUUGAGGCUGAUGCUGAUUUUGAUCUUGCACACUCCGGCAAUGUACUUCAACCUCCAUUUCACUUCUUAAACGAGUUCCUUUUCGAUGUACCUGGUUCUGAUGAAGUCAUAAACUGCCCUUUGCUGCUUAUUCAGGUGACACGCCUCAAGUGCGGUGCUUUUGUUUUUGCCCUCAAAUUCAAUCACACAAUGAGCGAUGGCGCUGGCAUAGUUCAAUUCAUGGCAGCAAUUGGUGAACUAUCCCGUGGAGAAAGUUCUCCCAGUAUCCUUCCAGUAUGGAAACGACAACUGCUAAGUGCAAGGAAUCCACCAAACACUACGUGCAUACAUAGAGAAUAUGAUGAUUUUACGACAACAAUUCCAUUUCCGCUUGAUGACUUAGUUCACCAAGCAUUCUUUUUCGGACCUAAUGAAAAAGCCGCUCUUCGAAGCUAUGCUCCUCCUCAUCUCGGUCAUUGCACUACAAUGGAAAUAGUAACAGCAUGUCUUUGGAAGUGUCGAACUAUUGCGCUUCAACCGAAUCCAUUGCUGGAAAUGCGAAUGCUAUUUCCUAAUAACUUACGGAAAAAAUUUAGUCCCGAGUUAAUACCAAAAGGAUACUAUGGCAAUGGAUUUAUGGUUUCAGCAGCAGUUUCCACUGCCGAAGAACUCGUGAAAAAUUCUAUAGGUUAUGCUUUGGAAUUGAUUCGAAAGGCGAAAGCAGAGAUGACUAGAGAGUACGUGCAAUCAACAGCUGAUACGCUAGUGAUUAAGGGUCGACCUGGUUUUCCAGCGGAAGGGUCAUUCAUGAUAUCAGAUGUUAGACAUUUGGGAUGGCGAUAUGUAGAUUUUGGAUGGGGCAAAGCUUUUUAUGGUGGUCCUGCUAAAGAUAUGUUUCUAUUCGGAAGCUUUUUCAUACCUUUUGAAAAUGACAAAGGAGAAGAUGGUUUUGUAGUGCCAGUCUGCUUGCCAGCCCCAGCAAUGGAAAGAUUUGUGAAGGAGUUACAAAUUCUCUUGCACUCUGACUUACCCAUUAAUUCAUCUUUGCAGAUUUUGAAAAAAAAAAAGACAUGGUAA